AAUCAAGCGCUUUUUUAAAUGUGCUCAAGGUCGGACAAAUCAUUGGUGUUUUGAAAUGUCGGUUCGAAGGUGUAAGGCUGUAAAAACAGCUGGAUACAGCUUAGCACAGCCGAUAGAUCCCGGAACGCUAAUACAGGACUCAUUAAAAAGGAGAUGGAUUGCAGGUUCUGCAAUUGGUCAGGGUGGAUUCGGACGUAUAUACUCAGCCAAACUUGAAGGCGAGAAACUUUUCCGUUAUGUCAUUAAAAUAGAACCACAAGAAAAUGGACCACUUUUUACGGAAAUGCAUUUUUACAUGAGGGCUUGUUCAGAAGACUCAAUCAAUUCAUGGAAAGUAAAACAUGCCCUCAAAUACCUUGGUAUUCCGAGGUAUAUAAGCAGUGGAUCAAUCAAUUUAAACAAAGCAGCUCUCCGAUUUCUUGUAAUGGACCGGUUUUCUGGAGAUCUGGAAACUACACUAAAAAAUCACGAAAUAUCCAUAUCUGGUAUUCUUGAAGCCUGUGCAAAUGUGUUAAAUGCGUUAGAAUAUAUGCAUUCAAGGGAUUAUGUACAUGCAGAUAUCAAAGCAUCAAAUCUUCUUCAUCGAACGUCCCAAGAGGAGGUUUAUUUAGCUGACUUUGGUCUAGUUCAUUUAUUUCGUUCAAAAGGUGUACAUACUGCUGAAAAGGCAGAUCCGAAAUUUCGUCACAAUGGAACAAUAGAAUUUUGCUCAAGAGAUGCACAUAAUGGACUUCCACCAUCUCGUAGAGGGGAUUUGGAAAUUUUAGUUUACAAUCUUAUUCAUUGGUUAGCUAGAUCUCAUACAAACGCGCCUCAAUCGCAUUCCACGGGUCUUCCUUGGGGACAUCUCAUAUCAGAUCCAAAACUGCGUGCAAAUGUUCCUGAUCGUGUUAAAGUGGCUGUAGCUGCUUUAAAAGAGAAAACAAUGAAAAACCCUGCUGAAUUUGUAUUACAAGCUGGUUACGGAUCUAAUCCUGACAUACUUGCAUUUAUUCAAUCUAUCACAAAGCUGAAUUAUACAGAUACACCAGAUUAUUCUCGUUUACGUCAAUUAUUGUACAAUGCAAAAUGUUCUCUCAGCAAUAAACAAUCUGCUGUUGUACCAAGCUAUAAAUUGACUAUGGAGUCGGAUGAAACAAGUAUCAAAGCUUCGCCUUCACGGCGUAAAUGUAAUAUGGAUAAUUCUUCAAAGAUCAAUGAUUCACGCGCUUUGAAUUCAGUGGAGAAUUUGGAAGUUAUUCAUACAAUUCCAAAAACUCCAGGUAGUUUACCUGGUAAACGACCCCGAGGUCGUCCACCCGGUCGUCCCAAACAAUUAGAAAAUAUAUCACCAGCUGUUACUUCUUCUUCGUCCGAAGUAGUAGACUCUUCAAAACACUCUAAAGUUUCUGAGAGUGGUGCAAAACCCAACUCUAAAAGAACUAACGUGAAAACGUUGAAUUCACAAUCGAUAUGUUUAAAUUCACCAACUGAAACAUCUACUCCUGAUGGUGGUGGACUUAUAUCGACAGUAUCCGGUACUAGAUUUUUAAGUCCUAGUAGUACUAGUAAUAAACAUAGCAAUUCUGUACUUCAACAACGUGUCCGAACUCGACUUAUUGAUUUGUUUUCAGACAGUGAUGAUGAAUCUUUUGUUAGUCAACAUAACUUGUCCAAAUCUCGUAAAGAUGCAUUGAAAUUAACGCCUAAACUUCAAUCACCGAAGCAAUCAUCACCGUUUGCCAAACAAUCACGACAGAAACGUCAACCACUAACAAGUUCUACUUCAAAGCUUAAAUCUCCAGAGUUUACAUCUUUAACCGCUGAUCGUAGACGUUCCGGUUGGUGUCAAACAUCACCAGAACUGUUAGCUGUCGCUAAAGCUGAAGCAUUAGGUCGUAAGGCUUUGAAACUUGCAGAAAUGAAUUACAAUUGAACCUGGCUCAUAUACAUAUAUAUAUGUUUGUGGAUGUAUAUUUAUAUCUUUGGUGUAUCAACGCAUUUCCUUUGAUCAAAAUGUUGUGGAUAUAUAUGUUUCUCUGUGAAGAUAUUUUUUGUUCGAUGUAUUAUUUCAUUCAUAUCACCAUGUCCUUUCAAUUUGUUGAAAGAGGUUGUGGUAGAUCCUUAUUUUUAUAAAGAAAUAUCUGAUAAAAAUUCUAGAUAUAAUACUUCAGUUUUGUUAUUUAAUCAUGAACAAAAUACUCCUUUCUCUGUUUUUUCCACCUUGACUUGUGGGAUAUAUGGUUAUAUGUGAGUUUUCAUUUAUGUUGCAAAUCGUGCCAACUGUCGACAUACUUUGAUAUCAUCAGUCGUCAUAUUAACUAAAGCGAUAACUGUACGUUUUAGCUUAAUGAUCAGCCUGUAUUUUUCUAUAGUUUUAUUUCUGAUGAUGUUGAAAGAAUAAAUCCCAUUUUAAUUUGGACACAUUUAUUCGUGUAUAAAACAGUUGAAAGAUCCUAAAUGUAUAGUAACUGAAAAAAAUUAUGCAUCUACCUAUUUUGUUGCUACGUUCUUUUUUACUCAAAUACUUUUCUAGUAGUUUGAAUAUGUAAACGUAAAAUUGUCACGUUUGUUCAGAAAAGCUAGUUUUUCUGUUAUAAAUGUUAUCCACAAAGCAAUGUCUUCCAUAGUAGUCGAGAAUAUGUACAUGCAUUUAUUCAUACCGUAUAAAUAACAUGUUGAGACGAAUAUUAAAUGUUCUGUCGAACUAUCUUGUAAAAGAUAUUUGAUGCUUAAUGUCAUGGAUCAUUCUAAUAUGAUGUUAUCACUGAGAACCAGGAUGGACUGGAUAGCUGUUUAAUCCUAAUGUGGGAUUCUUCAGCACUAUACACCGAGAACCUAGCCAGGGAUCAGACUCAGAAGCUUCGGGCUGCUGAGUUUUAAUCCAAUCGUUUGUAUUUCUAACUUCAUUCAAUGACACUGAUGAUGUUUAUCUUAACACUAGUUGUCAGAUGGAAUUUUAAUUGCUAAAUUUAAUUCAACAUAUAAAAGAACAUAAAAUGUCUUACAUACUGGAUUGUUUGCAUAGUUGAAUGCUUUAUGUGUCGUAACUGUCGUUGAACUGAAAUGAAUGACUACCUAUAUUUAGCGAAUCUAUGAAGCAUCAUCCAAACUACUUGAUACAUGAAUCCUAUCUUUAUGCAAUAUAAAAGAAAGUAGAGGAAGAUGAUCCAUACUUAAGUCUCUGUAGAAAUUUGAACAUUUGUAGGUGAUGUAAGCAAAAGCGAGGCAGUAGAAGGUAUGUAAAUAACAUAUCAUUGCAAAUGGAAAAUACAAUUUAUAGUUUGUCAUCGAAAAAGAUCAACCUUGAACACAGUACAGUAGUAGUCUGUUAGAAUAAAGCGAAAGAUAAGGUAUUCGAAUUCCUGUUUCAUUAGUCAAUAUUGAAUUAUUAAGGACUGAUUCAAAAUCGAGUGAUUUAAUUACUUGAACCCACGUGAAAUGAGUAGGUAAACUUUCACUUAAUUGUAGCUAUAAUUCUAUUGGGUAUUUCUGAAGUCUACAAUAAUUCAUAAUUACAAAUGAUUGGGGUCUUUUAGUAAGAAGCUGGAUCUACACAAAGUUAGUAGACCGGGCGAAUGACACAAUACUUC